AGCUGAUCACUAGACCUGGGCAGGUUGCGAGUGGUAGAGGACGGCCAGCUAUUCGCUGCUCUCUUGCGCCCUCUGCUGCUAGGAGAGGCAGCAGCCUUUAGCACGCUCGUUCACACAAAGACCACGCUCGCUCGCUCUUUCCCUCUCCGAGGAGCCUGGUGCUGCGGGAAGGUUGAAAAAUCAAGUUGCUCUUUUUUGCAUCAUGAUUAAUCUCACGGCGGAGAACCACCGCUUGCCGCUGAAUGAUGGGAACAGUAUCCCCGUGAUUGGACUUGGUACCUAUUCUGAUCCCCAAAAAACUCCCAAAGGCACUUGUGUAGAAUCUGUGAGAGCAGCCAUUGAUACAGGCUACCGCCAUAUCGACGGGGCUUUUGUGUAUUACAAUGAACACGAAGUGGGACAGGCCAUCCGGGAGAAAAUUGCUGAAGGCAAGGUCAAGCGUGAAGACAUAUUUUAUUGUGGCAAAUUGUGGAACACCUGUCACCCCCCAGAGCUGGUGCGCCCAACUUUGGAGAAGACAUUAAAGGUUUUGCAACUAGACUAUGUUGAUCUCUACAUUAUUGAGCUUCCAAUGGCUUUUAAGCCCGGAGAGUCCUUCUACCCUAGGGAUGAAAAUGGAAAAUGGAUGUACCAUAAGACAGAUCUAUGUGCCACUUGGGAGGCUUUGGAAGCAUGUAAAGAUGCAGGCUUGACUAAAUCCAUUGGUGUGUCCAACUUCAACCGCAGACAGCUGGAGAUGAUCCUGAAUAAACCAGGCCUUAAGUACAAACCUGUCAGCAACCAGAUUGAAUGCCACCCAUAUUUUACCCAGCCGAAACUUUUAGAAUUUUGCCAACAUCAUGGCAUUGUCAUUGUUGGAUACAGCCCUUUAGGAACAUGCAGAGAUGAAAGCUGGGUCAAUGUAUCUUCUCCUCCUCUACUGGAGGACCCCGUGCUUAAUGCCAUUGGAGAAAAGUACAACAAGACAGCAGCUCAGGUAGCCUUGCGCUUCAGCAUCCAACGAGGGGUGGUGGUCAUUCCCAAGAGCUUCAACCCAGAACGUAUUAGACAAAACUUCCAGAUUUUUGACUUUUCUCUCACUGACAAAGAAAUGAAGGCGAUUGAAGCUCUGAAUAAAAAUACCCGUUAUGUGGAGUUGUUAAUGUGGCAGGACCAUCCUGAGUAUCCCUUCCAUGAAGAAUACUGAGAACAAGUUGCAUCCAAGAGUGUAUUCUCCAUUUAGUGGUCAUUAUUUGUUUCCUUCCUGUCUAUUGUCUUGACUCUAGUAACAGCAAAACUCUGAUCUCUCCCUAUAGAUCACAUGACCACUACGCCCCCAUGAUACCUUCCUUGAUGCAUAGGGAAAAUAAGGCCCAUUCAGAAAAGUAUUCCUAGUUCAGUGUUAAAAUAUACCUUUUGAAGUAUGUGAUUUUUACACUUUGAUAGAAGAGCGAAGGAUAAAUGCUCUUAAAAUUAGAAUUUUAGAACAAAGGAUCCCAUUUCACUGUUUUCCCCCUUUUCUUUUCAAACUUGUCCUCUGUAACAACUAUUAAAAAAUAUUUCUGGUUUCUGCCUAAA